AUGGCCGUACGCGCUGCAGAAUGGCACAAGCUGCCUACAAGUCUGACGGAGCUGUGUAUCAACACGACAUUGCGCUGUGGACAGUCCUUCAGAUGGCGCAAAUCCGCUGAAGACGAGUGGUCAAUGGCGCUCCACGGUCGCAUAAUCUCCCUACGUCAAGAUGCCGAACAUCUUCACUACCGCGCAAUAUACCCCUCUGUGACCUCCGUCCUUCCAACGCCGCCACCCUCCAAUGCGCCCUCCGUCGCCUCAGAAGAAGACGACACACUCGCCCUCAUAACGCACUACUUCAACCUCACACCGAAUCUGGGUCAACUCUACGAUCAAUGGGCUGCCUCGGAUGCCAACUUUAGGAAAAAAGCACCCAAAUUCACCGGCGUGAGGAUAUUGCGACAAGGUGCUUGGGAAGCACUCAUAGGCUUCAUAUGCAGUAGCAAUAACAACAUCAGUAGAAUCUCGGGCAUGGUUCAUAAUCUGUGCCUGCACUACGGCUCUUUGAUCGGACACAUUGACGACGUUCCGUACCACGACUUUCCGACCCCAGAAGCGCUUAUUGGUCCCCAAGUUGAGGCGCAUCUCAUGAAGCUUGGAUUUGGAUAUAGGGCGAAAUACAUUGCCAAAACUGCAAGGAUCGUUUCUGAAGAGAAAGGCCUGCAGUGGCUGGAGGAUCUCAGUAACCCAGAGAGCCCACAAUUUGGUGUCAAAACGAAGCCGGCUGGAGAGUUGCUUCCAGGUGGUCGCGAAGGCUACCGGAAAGCGCAUGACGAGUUGUUAGCGCUGCAUGGUGUAGGCCCCAAGGUCGCCGACUGCGUGUGCUUGUUUGGCCUCGGCUGGUCUGAGUCUGUACCGGUUGAUACGCACGUGUGGCAGAUCGCACAGCGCGACUAUAAGUUUGGCAAGGGGAAGCAUAGUAGUCUAACAGCGGCAACUUACGUCGCAGUUGCAAAUCACUUCCGGAAGCUGUGGGGUAAAGAGGCUGGGUGGGCGCAUUCGGUGUUGUUCACCGCUGAUCUUAAGGCAUUCUCCGAGCGAACAGCGGCGAAGCCCGAAGUCAAGGAGGAAGAUGUUGUAGUGAAGAAAGAGGGUGACGAUGUAGUCAUCGCAAGUGUGGUGAAGAAAGAGACAACAAAGCGAAAGAGGGUAAAGAAAGAACCCGAGGAGGAGCAACAGAUCCUCGAUAUCAAAGAGGUGGUAUCCAGGCGAAGCAAACGCUCAAGGGCGUGA